AAUGAUAACGAAAAUUUAUAGUAUUAAAUUACGCCCAUGAAGAUUUCAAUUUUCUAAAUUUAAACAUAUUCGGUUAAUGUGUUGUUUAUUUUAUUUGCAAUUCAAAUAACACUUUUUUACAAAUUGUCAUUCAUGCUGUCGCGACUUGUAAACUCUUUGCCGAACGGCUUAUCUCAACAAAUAACUAAACUAUAUUUUCAAGCUCUUGUCCGGAACCAGAGAGGGACCCACAGUCAUACAGAAUACCAUCAGUUCAAUAACAUGGAUGUACAAAUCUUACCAGCGCUUCAAGACAACUACAUGUACCUUAUCAUUGAUAAGGCGACUAGAGAAGCAGCCAUUGUGGAUCCUGUUGAUCCUAACACGGUUGCGAUGGCUGUGCAGCAGCAUCAAGCUAAUUUAACUACUGUGCUGACUACUCAUCACCACUGGGAUCAUGCUGGAGGCAAUGUAAACUUAGUGAAAAUGUUUCCUAACCUGCAAGUGUAUGGUGGGGAUGAUCGCAUUGGAGCAUUGACUAAGAAGGUCCAACAUGACAGCAAGUUCAAUAUUGGAAAUUUGAAUGUGAAGUGCCUUUUCACUCCAUGCCACACUGCGGGUCAUAUCUGUUACUUCGUCAGUGCUCCUGAAGAAGGGAGUGAUCCUGUUGUAUUUACUGGAGAUACUCUAUUUCUUGGAGGUUGUGGUAGAUUCUUUGAAGGCACCGCUGACCAGAUGUACACAGCUCUGGUGCAGAUUCUGUCCCAGCUCCCAGAUCAAACCAAAGUAUUCUGUGGCCAUGAAUAUACACUCCAAAAUUUGAAGUUUGCAUCCUUUGUUGAGCCCGGAAAUGAAGAAGUAAAGAAGAAGAUGGCUUGGUCUGAACAUGCAAGGAUGUUAGGAAAACCAACUGUACCAUCAACAAUUGGUGAAGAAAAAUUGUACAACCCUUUCAUGAGAGUAAUGCAGCCUACGGUAAUGCAGCACGCCAAGACAACUGAUGUCAUUGAAACCAUGAAGGCCAUUAGACUGGAGAAGGAUCAUUUCAAGGCAUAAUCCAAACCAAGUUAUAAAUUAAACAUAUUUUUUUAUAUAUUUAUUGCAAAUGUGUUGUUUAAACUUCUGCAUUUAAAAUAUUCAUAACUUUGAUAACCAGUAAAGCUGUCCAAAAUAGUUAAUGUCAUGUCUUUAGCUCAAAUAACAACUACAGUUGUCUGGUACUCACCAAUAUAUUGUAAAUAAAACCUACAUAUUUUCAACAUCCUGUUAGAGUUCUAUAAAUUUUAAUUUUGAAAUUGACAGUGCUAUUAAUAUUGUGUUGUUGUUAAGGUUUAAUGGGUAUUGCAAUAAACUUGUUAUUUUUUUAAA